AUGCGCCUCCCGAUUUUCCUCCUUCUCCUUUUCUGUACUACCGUACUCUGCCGCCCCCGUCUCAGCGGUUGCAACCAUCACCGUCGACACCAACGAUCCGAAUGGGCCAGAACCGUUCUCUCCAACCAUCUCCACGCCUUCGAAGGAGCCAUCAAAAGCGGAAACAAGGCACUGUUUGUCAGGUUGUUCAAGUUGAAAGAUGCAAACGAUACAGCUGAGCUCCAAACCGAAAUGGAACGCUUCAAAGACUACCGCUUCAAAAUCGUCAAAGCCGGAUAUUACCCGAGCAACACCAGAAUCUAUGGAUAUUAUCAACUUUUGAGUAAAAUCGGAUUCUCUGAUAACGAGCAACAGUAUCGCGUUGUCAUUGAGCAUAAUGCCGCUAGCCCAACCGGAUGGAUCAUCAUCAGCAUCGGCGAGGUGGCUCAUUGA